AUGCCUUUCAGCGCAAAAGACACGGCCAGGUACCGUGAGGAUGUGCAGACCGACGGGAGAUCAUUGAAAGCAAAGGAGAGAGAAGAUCUGCUCAAGCCCUACCUCCCUUCGCCUCCCGAAACACCUUCACAAGCGAAAGAUGGCAGGCAAACCUCGCCCUCAUCGAGGCGAAAGUCGCCAGACACUUCGUACUUUGGUCUCAGGGUACUGCUACGUGAGCAGCUCUACGCUUUCACCUACGCUCUCAUCCACAUCAUCUUCUCCAUCCACAUUCGUUUCCGUAUCGCCUAUCGCGCCACCACACUGCGCAUCGUCGGUAUACUGAACUACCACCACCGAACCCCCGAAUACAUCGCACGCGACGUGCGAACCCUUAAGAAGAAGCCUAGGCACGUCUCUGUCAUACUCAAACUCGAAGAGGGUGGAAAGCGCGGCGACGCCAAGGACAAACUCCUGAACGAUGUGGCCGACAUCACGGCAUGGUGCGCAUCUGCCGGCAUCCCCAUCUUGACCGUCUACGAGAAGACGGGCAUUCUGAAGGAGAAGAUGGAGCGAGAGCACCGCGAGAUGUCGAGGAGACUGCAGGACUGGUUCGGAAAAUACCAGGCCCCGGCUCUCCACAUACAUUCCCCCAACAUGCCACCUCUCGGGCCCGCCAACUACCGCAGCAGUUCCAAGAGCGGUUUUGUGACAGUCGAUGGGACAGUCUCCAAGAUGGGCGUCAACUUCAUCUCCUGCGAAGACGGCCGCGAGUCAAUUGUCGACCUUACCAAGGUGCUCACCGACAUGUCGCAGCGUGGCAAGCUGUCCCCAGACCAAGUGACUUCGGAUAUAGUGGACCAAGAACUCAGACAAGUCUUCCAGGAGCCCGACUUACUGAUUUCGUUUGCCCCUUGGGUAGAUCUCCAGUCAUACCCACCAUGGCAGAUUCGCCUGACCGAGAUCUACUGUGAGCCGGACAACCAGGGCGUCGGGUACCAGGUUUUCCUCAAAGCGUUGCGCAAAUACUCAAGCGCCACUUUCAAGCUUGGAAAAUAG